AUGUGUUCUAUUUUCUAUAUUAACAGACUCUUCCCAAUCAACAAGAUUGCAAUAGGUUCAACAAACCCACUUGCUUUUCUUCGCGGAAACCAACUGCUCCUCACACCCAUCGCAUCCAAAGGCUCCAUAAAUUUGCAACGUUUCACCGUUUCUAGUCUCGCUUAUUCAUCUGGGUUGCAUCUAGAAACUGCUUCCAAGCCAAGCACAUCUCAGAACUCAUCCGAUAAAGAUUCAUACACGGUGUCUUACCUUAUAAAUUCAUGCGGAUUGUCACCAGAAACAGCUAUUUCUGCUUCUAAGAACGUACACUUUGAAACCCCAGAAAGACCAAAUUCAGUUCUCACGCUACUUAGAAACCAUGGAUUCAGCAAGACCCAGAUAGCCAAUCUUGUUCGGAAACGCCCAGUUCUUCUUUCAUCGAGUCCUGAGAGUACCCUUUUGCCCAAACUAGAGUUUUUUCAAUCUAUAGGGGCUUCCAGAACUGACCUUGCAAGAACAAUUUCGAAAGACCCAACCGUCUUGACAAGAAGCUUAGAAAACCAGAUAAUACCUUCCUAUAAUUUCCUCAAGAGUGUACUCCGAUCCAAUGAGAAGGUUGUUGCUGCUAUGAGGCGCACAUCAUGGAUUUUUCUAGACGAUCUUGCUAAAAAUUUAGGUCCAAAUAUUGCGCUUUUGAGGGAAAUUGGAGUACCUGAGUCAUGUAUCAUAUUAUUACUUGCUCAUUAUCCUGAGGCUUUAAUACCAAAACUGGAUCAGUUUUUAGAAACUGUCACUGAGGUGAAGAAAAUGGGAUUUGAUCCUUCGAAGUCAUUGUUUGUAUUGGCGGUGCAUGCCAUUUCAGGGAAGGGUGGUAAAUCGAGAUGGAAUCGAUGCUACGAGGCUUAUGGGAAGUGGGGUUGGUCAAAGGAUGAUAUAUUGUUGGCAUUUAGAAAGCAUCCCACUUGUAUGAUUUUGUCAGGGAAGAAAAUCUCUGGAGCUAUGGACUUUCUGGUGAACAAGAUGGGAUGGCAGUCCGUGGCAAUUUCAAGAUACCCAUGGGUUCUUUUUUUCAGUUUGGAGAAGAGGAUUAUCCCUAGGUGCACUGUUAUCCGUGUCUUGUCAUUGAAGCGCUUGUUAAAGAAAGAUGUGAGCUUGACUAGUGUGUUGGUGUCUGUGGAGAAGGACUUCUUGAAGAAAUUUGUGAUCAAAUAUAAGAAGGAAGUACCCCAAUUGUUGGGUGUCUAUCAAGGGAAGGUGGGCUUUUUGGAAGUAUAA